CUCUCAAAGCUCAUAUUACCGCCAAAUUAUGGGCAAUGCGUUGAGGCAGCUUAGCGCUUGCCUGUGCGAUGCGAUCAAGCAGCAAGCUCACGAGGCUGCCGCUGGCUACGGGGGCGGCGAUCACCACGCCGGCUAUGGCGCGUCGAGCGAGGCGGGAUUCGCCGCAUUUGCGCGCGACAUUCUCCAUUUCGACGCCACGGGCGAGGUCCCUGAAGGCCUAGCUAGCUUCGUCCAGGCGACAAGGGCGACUCAAGUCAUCUGGUACAAGAAAUUGUUGUCUGCGUGGAAGGGUUCGCAGCCUCCUCCAAGAAAUGCGGCCGAGGCUACCCAGUUGAUCACGCAAAGCUUGCAAACACGACGCAAGAGUGAUCUCCAAGGACUUUUGCGAUUUUAUGGCUUGUCUCAUCCCGUUGUUGGGCCAACUCCGUCCAACCCUUCCAUCCAGGCUCUGUAUCCCACUUGGCCCAAAGGCGUACAAUACGAAUUCACUACUUUGCCAGUGGAAGGUCACAGUGUAGCAGACGGUGACACCAUCACCGUCUUUGUGGACGUGAGCAAAGAUGACCGGGAAGAAAGAGCUGUGCCACGCUCGGUGUUUAACGCUGUAGAAAAGCGACGCCGAGCGAGAGAAAAUAGGGACUACAAGAAGGCAGAUAUGUUGCAGCAGCAGAUUUUCGAUGCAGGCUACAAGGUGUUCGAUGGCCGCGGGAGCGAAGUUCUUACUCACAAGUAUCGCAUUCGCUUGAGGGGCGUGGACGCGCCUGAAAGCAGCAUGCCUCACGGACCGGAAUCCAAAGCAAUGCUGAUUAAACUAGUCGAAGGCCAGCAGCUACGAGUAUACGUCUAUACAGCUGACCAAUACGGUCGUUUAGUAGCAGACGUGCACACUAGCCACGGAUUUCUUCAGGAACAGCUGCUAAAGAGAGGCUGCGUCUGGCACUACUCUCAGUACGAUCACCGGCCAGAGCUCUCAGAGUGGGAGCAAGAGGCAAGACGAGCACGCGUUGGACUGUGGCAUUUUCCAAAUCCUGUAAAGCCCUGGGAAUACAGGAAAAACGCAAGAUAGAAGGAUCUCAUCUCUACUGCUUUGACAAGCAUUAACAUAACUUACUGAAGAUCGGUCGUCGUAUCACCCAACACACGUUUAUUUGUGAUCCAGGUCAAAGGCUGGACGAAAAAAAUCCAUCUUUUUCAAUCAAACGAUUCACGGCCGUGAAGUUUCCAGCAUAUUUCCAGGACCAUUCCUGACCGAAAAAAAUACAACUCCAGCGGCGUAAGCGUUUGACAAAGGAGAAACGUCCUUGGGACAAAUUCCAAUCUUCCAAGUAUUAAGACUUGGAAUACUUGAAUUGGAAGAUUGGAAGAUUUUUCCUAGCCAUGGAUCGAUCCACCCGAGCAAAGCAAAGCGCGAGUUCUUUGUGCUUGACUGGCACGCCCAUUGUGCGCCACAAACCUAGAUUUUGGAGCAUGGCCCAGCGUGGCUCCAUCACA